CAAGCAGAACCCUACUGAAGCUAUUUAUAUGGAUGACCUGAGCGCACAAGCAGGUACACGUGAUGCGUACACUGAACCGGAUCCAGGAAGCUGUCGUACGUCCCGAUCAUUUAUUGGAUGGCUGUUGCUUAUGUGAAAAGCUGAAAAGAUGAGUUAGGAGAAGUGGGCUACAGCAAAGGGGCUCCAGUCUGACUCCUCCUCCCUGGAAAAAUGUGUGUAUAAAGGAGGGGUGCUGCAAAAGAGAAGGACACACACACACACACACACACACACACACACACACACACACACACACACACAUACAAACACACACAAUGAAGGGCAGAAGAGGAUACAAGAAGAGGUUGUGUAAUCUGUCCUGGGAAAAAGGAGAAAUGGAUGGUGCUUUGCUUUCUCAUGCUUUUAUGGAUAUUUGUGGAGAGUUAAGAGAAGAGCAAACACACAAAAGUAUUGUGGUGCAAAACUUCUGAUUCUCAUAUUCCUGCAUCUCAUACCUACAAAUCAAGGAGCACACAGCUGUCCGGUCUGCCAUGACCAUACUUGCAGGUGUUUACUGUCGUGUACAGAAAUCUAUUUUCAUGCACGUCAGACCUGCUGAAAGAUGAUGGCUUGUUGAUCGCUUCUCCGUCAGCAUGGGAAACGUACUUAGAUGCUGUCUCAUUCGUUUGUUCUGGAAUAAGGACAUUCCUGAUCAAAUCGAAGAGCGAUCCCCACUCUUGUCAAGAGAGAACAGUGAUGUCGAAAGCCUCUCGCCAUCGAGGUCUGACAUGCUGUCGUCUCCUGUCCUGGAUCAGGACCACCUCCUUUACCCAGAUAUAGUCCUUAGCAGUAGUCAUCUGGUAGCUAACCUGGAUAGAGAUAACUUACCACAGCAGUCAGAGCUUGUUAAAAGUGUAAAUGAAGAAUACCAGGAAGGUUUUGAAGAAGAAGGAAUGACAAGCACAAGAAUCAGUCAACAGGAGGUUCACUGUUUGGACAGAACUCAGCUAUGCACUACUGAGAACGAGUGGCCGUUAUUGUCUUCCUUACACUCGUGGCCAUCUGAACAAUCAGAUACUGUAAAUUUGGCUUCUCAGACAUUGAUCCAUACACACGGACAGGGAACCAGAUUUUGGCAGGCUUCCCCGUGUCAAGGAGUGCAGUUAUUAGGACAGGGAAAUGGAAGCCACCAGAUAAUUUUUUCUGAGCCCAAAUCUGCUGUUGCAAAAGUAUCUCCACAGACUGAGCUUGAGAUCAUUCAUGUUGAUGAGCGUGGACUUCAAGAUGAGGACAAAGAAGAAGCUCAACUUGAAAACGGUACAGAACAAAUGGAGCUAAACCUGGUACGCAGUGACCAGAAUGUAGCACAACUGGGACAGGACAUUGCACUGAGAGCAAAAUAUGUUCGCUCCAGUGUAGCAGAGUGUGAGAAAAGUGGUGUAGGUUCUGAUGAAGAAGAAGCUGGAGAACAUUAUCCAAUACAGUCAGGACAAACAGAAGCACAAUACAGACCAAUCAUAGCACAGACAGAGGAAGUAAAUCAUGAAACUGUUAUUCUAGUUAGUCAAAAUGGAGAACACAAAGAACCAAGCUUUGUGGUUAGACUACAGACGAACCCGGAUAUAAGGAACCGAGAAGAACUCACACCACAAACCCCACAUUUUAUACUGGAUCUGGACUCCAUUCAGACAGAGGGCGACGUUACAGAGAUGACCCAGAUAGCUAAGACUUUAGCACGGAAAGAACAGCACAUAUCUGAGAAUGAGCCUGAGCCUGAGUUUGCACCAAACAAGCAAAGUGUAGCAGAGUUAAGAUCUGAGGAACAGGACAGGAAGAAAACUGAAGAUCUAAACCAAGGAUCAAAGAAAAAUGAACGAUUUACGCUGUUUGUAGUUGAUAAACUAUUCCUGGCCACCCCAGAUAUCACAGGACCAAGUCCAAAUAAUAUCCUUAAGGACCAAACAGAGCUAAACGAGCUCAACAGGUACAUUGACAUGGAAUUCCAAGAGGAUCCUGACUCUGUAGAUGUAGGAACCUCUGAAGACAUGGGAAUCACAAUCAGGAUCCAAGCCCCUGGGACCGAGCCCACUGACUUCCAGGCAUCACCAUUAGCAAUGGUGCAGGAAAUCAAGCAAGUUUUAAUGGACCGUGAGGAGACCUGCCACCGUACAUGUUUCUCCCUGCAGUUAGAUGGAAACACACUGGAUAACUUCAGUAAUCUGAAAUCUAUCACUGGCCUACAAGAGGGGUCACUUCUGAAGAUAGUGGAGGAGCCGUAUACAGUUCGCGAAGUUCGUUUACAUCUCCGUCACUUCAGAGACCUUCUAAAUAGCUUGGAUCCCACGGAUGCCUAUAACGGCAUAGAAGGAAGCUCUCUGUCCUUCCUUAGGUUCUUCACUGAAGAACGUGUAGAAGAGAACAGCAAAUUCAAAAAACGAGGUGAAGAACUAAAGCAAUUCAACUGUAGCCCUCCUGAGUAUAUUCUACCAGGGACUAAAGAAUGUUUACUGGGACCCCUGCAACCUCAAAGUGAGAAUUUGAAGCCCAUCAAAUGCCUGAAGGUGCUGAUGACCAGCAGCUGGAACCCUCCUCCAGGAAACAGAAAAAUACAUGGUGAUCUCUUGUAUCUCAAUGUACUUACCAUGGAGGACAGACAGUUCAGUGUUACAGCAUCAAUGAGAGGCUUUUAUCUGAAUCAGUCUACCACAUAUAUAUUUAACCCAAAGCCAGAAAAUCCCAGUAUGCUUAGUCAUUCUUUAGUGGAUCUCCUGAGCCAAAUCAGUCCAGUUUUUAAAAAGAACUUUAGUCUUCUACUGAAGAGAAGAACAUCAACACAUCCCUUUGAGAGGAUAGGUACUCCACUUCAGGUGUUUAGCUGGACUGCUCCAGCUCUCGACCACUCUAUGGACUGUGUUCGAGCUGAAGAUGCCAGCUUUUCCCAGCUGGACUAUGAAGGACACAUGCCUGGACAGGUUUGUGACUGGAAUGAGGAGCUUCAGAGCACUAGAGAGCUACCACGUCACAGUCUCAAAGAUCGUCUGCUGAGAGACAGAGCAAUCUUUAAGGCUAACAGUGACUUUGUGACUACGGCUACACGUGGUGCUAUGGCAGUGAUUGAUGGCAACGUGAUGCCUAUUAACCCGAGCGAUGAGGCAUGCAAUCACAUGUACGUGUGGAAUAACAUCUUCUUCAGCUUUGGCUUAGAUGGCCAUGAACACUAUGAGGAGCUAGGUGGGGAGGCUGCAGCCCAUGUCGCCUCAGCCAUUGACCUGAAUGGUGUGAGAGCUUACAGUGCGGUGGAUGCAGAUGGCUUGUACCUGCUUGGUACCGUACUGGUGGAUUAUCGAGGUUACCGCAUCACUGCACAGUCUAUUGUCCCUGGAAUUCUUGAACGUGGCCAGGAGCAGAGUGUGAUCUAUGGUUCCACUGACUUUGGAAAGACUGUUGUUUCUAAUGAACAGUUCCUGAAGCUACUGGACAAACCCAGCAAGCAUCUAAGAGUGCAGCGACACUUUGUCCUUAACAAAGAUGACUCUGUUGUAGAGUUGUGUUCGUCUGUGGAAUGCAAGGGCAUCAUGGGUAACGAUGGGCGACACUACAUCCUGGACCUUCUGUUCACAUUUCCACCUGACCUCAAUUUCCUGCCUGUGGAAGGGGAAGAGCUUAACACCGAGUGCCAGCAACUCGGCUUCCCACUUCAACACCCGCAUCGUCUGGUCUGUCUGAGACAAGAGCUAAUCGAGGCAUUUGUGAAGUAUAGAUGUCAUUUAUAUAAGAAUACAGCAUCUCAAGGCUUGGAUCAAGAAAGCAGCAGCAUCAAAGUGGGUGGAUCUCCUCACAGUUCAGAAGCAGCAGCUUUGCAACCAAUGCCAGAUGUCUACAACAAGGGUGUAGAUGUUGGCGCUCCUGACAAGAACAAUUCUUCCUCUCAGACCUUGCAUUCGUCUGCUUUUGAUAUUCAUUUCAACCCUGACAUUUUUUCACCAGGUGUACGUUUUCCGAAGGAAUGUUCACAGGAUAUCCAGGAACAGAAACAGCUAUUAAAGGAUGCUGCAGCGUUCCUUGUCUCAAACCGAAUUCCUGACUUAAUUAAGAGCUGUGCCGAUCAUACCACAAUGCCGACGGACGGUUUUACCUUAACCGAGGCUCUCCAUCAAUAUGGCAUCAAUAUCCGGUACCUGGGAACAGUACUGGAGUUUAUCGAGAAGAGUCCUCAGAAAAGCAAACUGGACCAUGUUUAUAGAAUUGCUUUAAGUGAACUGAUCACUAGAUGCACAAAACAUAUUUUCAGGACAUAUUUAAUAGCUGUGGAGUCAUCUUCCCUGUCUGUCUCAGUCAGCCAUUUCCUCAACUGCUUCCUCAGCUCCCCACCUGAUGUUCUGGUGACCCAGCAGUUGGACAGACUGUCAUCCAAACGAAGGAGUCGGCGGAGGCGGAGCCGGGGAUCAGUGAGCGGAGAAGGGACAGCUGUGGGAGGGGCAUGGGCCAGUCUGACCUCUAAUGAACUCUGGAGAAACAUACAGGCUGCGGCACGAGAGUAUUAUCAUUACUGCUUGCCGUGUAACAGUAUAGAACAGGCGGUGGACAAAUAUGGUUUACAAAGAAUCACCCUGCUCAGAGAGAUCGCCAUCAAAACCGGCAUCCAGCUUCUGAUCCGAGACUAUCAGUUUGAUGUCAAGAACAAACCCGUGUUCACUGAGGAGGACAUCCUGAACAUUUUCCCCAUAAUAAAGCGUGUCGUACCGAAGGCUAACGAUGGUAUUUAUCUUCUACACUGCGGCCAGGCAAGCAUCCAGCAAGGAAGACUGAAAGAAGGCUGUGAGCUAAUCAGCCAAGCCAUGGGCCUGUUCACUAAUGUUUAUGGAGCUCUGCACCAGGACGUCUGUGUCUGUCUGCGUCUGCUGGGACGCAUUUACUACAUACUCGGGGACUACGCUGAGGCACUGAGUCACCAGCAGAAAGCUGUACUGAUCAGCGAGAGAGUACUGGGAAUAGACCAUCCGAACACUAUACAGGAAUAUAAACACCUCGGUCUUUAUUGCUUUGCUGGUGGACAGACAUCCACAGCACUGCGAUUGCUAUAUCGUGCCCGUUACCUCAUGCUCCUGGUGUGUGGAGAAGAUCACCCAGAAAUGGCUCUACUGGAUAGUAAGAUUGGUCUUGUGCUGCAUGGCGUUAUGGAGUGUGAUCUCGCGCUUAAAUUUCUGGAGAACGCCCUGGCUUUGACUUCCAAGUAUCAGGGGUCUACCUCACUUAAAAUGGCACAAGGACAUCACUUGUUGGCAAAGGUGUAUGAGAGUAAAGGGGAGUUUCGCUUGGCACUGGGACAUGAAAAGGAGCGCUACGUGAUUUACCGGAACCAGGUCGGAGAAACACAUGAAAAGACACAGGAGAGCUCUGAGUACCUGAAGCACCUCACAAACCAGGCUGUGAUUCUACAAAGAACUUUGAACAUGAUAUACAAAAGCCGUUCUAGCUCCAGUAUUACUCCUCUCACCCUUGCCACUCCAAGUCGGUUCUGGAUCGUGGAGCAGCUAAAUCUUGUUACCGGUAUUGUCCUUAUCCCACUCAGGAAAAUGAGGAACCAGGAAGGGAUACUGGAGAAUCAUCAUCCACUGACACACCGACAUGUGAUGACCAGAGAUCCUGGUUCUUGACUCACAGCAAAAUGUGCCUGCAAAAUAAACCUGGAUUUUUUUUUUUUUUUUUUGUAAUCUAAUCUAAUUAAUAAUGAAUGUCAACCUUUAUGUCUUCUCAGUGAUAUAACUGCAUUUGAUAAUGUAUGCAUUCUUUUGUAUCUUCAGUCAUAAUAAUGAGCGUUGUAUUGGGAAUAAAGCUACUCAGGUGGAUGCUGUUGCAUGUAACUGUCUGUUUUUAGGGAAUGGGAUUGAUGCUGCUGCUUCCUGCAUUGUGCCAAAUAAUAGUGGAAAAUAAAAUGAACAUGUAAAUGUUCAUUAAUGUUCACAUGUAAAUGUAAUGAAAAU